AUGGAUACCGCUGACUCAGCACGGCGCAAAACAUUCCGCAGGUCUCAUCUCCCUACGACGCAACCACGCAACCAAGCUCCCCCAGCAUAUCCUACUCCACUUUUCUUCGUACACGCGUGGCUGUGCGGGCUGUGGAUGCAAAUGUCGGACAAAGAUCAGUCCCAGCAGCCCGAGGAACCCGUCACUUCGAUCGAGGAUGACGGCUCCAUCAGUGACGAGCAAUGGAAGGCCAUGAUGGACGUCACAAUGGCUAUCUACGACUUUCGCGAACCAGAUGGCCAUGAUCCUUCGCGACUAUUCCACCGUAGCGUCAACAAGCGCAUCGUGCCCGACUACUACGAUAUUAUCAAGGACCCAAUGGCGCUCAGUAUCUUGAAACAAAGAAUCAACAAGCGCGAAUACAAGCAUUUCUCGGAAUUCGUGCGCGACUGCGCAUUGAUCCCUCACAAUGCGCAGACAUACAAUCGACCCAGAUCCCAAGCGUACGAAGAUGCGAUCGUCAUCAAGGGCGUUUUCCACGAUGAAUUGAAGAAGCUUGCCGAUAAGGGCGAGAAAUCCCCGAGGCCGAUCCCUUGCCCGAUGAUGAUGAAGAAGAAGAGGAAGAAGAGGAAGCAGACAUCGAAGGAGAUGGAGAGGGAGAGGGGGAAGACGAGGACGAAAGAGGAUUCUGAUGACGAUGGCCGCCGGAGAAAGAAGCCAGGCCCGAAGCCAGGCUCAAAGAGGGGCAUCAAAGACCCUCAGAAACAUGAGCCUGACCUCCGCAAAAAGCGCGGACGACCUCCGCGUGUGGAUACCCCCAUGGAAACCCGCAUCAAGACAAUACUAAAGGGAAUCCGCAAAUUCAAGGGCCCUGGCGGCCACCCGAAGAUCGCUCAUUUUGAGAGGCUUCCCGACAAGGCCACCUACCCGGACUAUUACAUGGAGAUCAAGGAGCCAAUUGCCAUCGACAUCAUUAAGCGCAAGUCAAAGCGCAAGAAGUACAAUUCCGUGGAUCAUUUCAUGCGGGAUUUGGACCUGAUGUUCGGCAAUGCCAAGGCCUACAAUCAAUCCGAAAGUCAAAUCUACCGAGAUGCUGUUGACCUGCAGGGCGAGGCUCGGAAGCUGGCUGAGCAGGAAAAGAAGAAACCCGAUAGCGACUAUCUUAUGGAAGACGGCCGUUUCCCCUUGCCAGACGGUAUCUUGCACCGAGGUGAGCUUUGGAAAGUCGGAGAUUGGGUUCACAUUCAAAACCCCAACGAUGUGUCCAAACCCAUUGUCGCGCAGAUCUACCGAACUUGGCAGGAUGCAGAGGGCGAGAAGUGGAUCAACGCAUGUUGGUAUUAUCGCCCUGAGCAGACUGUGCAUCACUUUGAAAAACAUUUCUACCCUAACGAAGUGGUAAAGACGGGUCAAUACCGAGAUCAUCGGAUUGACGAGAUCGUGGACCGCUGUUUUGUCAUGUUUUUCACUCGCUAUAGCAGGGGCCGCCCCAGAGACCUCGCUCCGGACAAGGACAUCUACGUUUGCGAGGCGCGCUACAAUGAAGAGAAACAUAAGCUCAACAAGAUCAAGACUUGGGCUAGCUGCCUGCCGGAUGAAGUGCGCGAGAAAGACUAUGAGAUGGACCUUUUCGACGUGCCGCGAAAGAUCAAGAAGGUACCCAGCCCCAUCAAGCAUCUCCUUAAGGAAGAUGCGAAGGAGACAGACGAUCUUCCGCGGCCGGCAUGGGGUGCGGAUAACGCGCCUCCAGUCGUGGGUGCUGUUCACCGUCGCCCCAGAGAUGAGAACGAAUCGCCGCCGCCAGAGCCAACUCCAUCUCCGCCUCCUCCAUCUCUACCCCCGCCUCCCAUGGCAUCCGCUACUCCCCGUCCAUCGAUGGGCCAGACUAUGACCAGUGCUGGUCUGGCUGGUCCGGGGAAUGUAGGAGGUUCACUCCAGCCGCCAUCCUCCGCGACUCCAAUGAACCAGACAUCACCUGUGCCCAUUCCUUCGACGACGUAUCAGGGUCAGAUGAAUCCGCAGAUGUAUCAACCCAACCAGCGACGCACGAGCAGCUUUGUACCCCAGACUCCGGCUGCGGGCUACCAGGCUUCACCGGUGGCGCACCCCUAUUCGGCGGCACAGCCCUCGCCGUCACCAUACGCGAAAGAAGAGCGCCAGAAGAAUGUGGCAGAGAGAAAACGCAAGCUAGCCGAAGAUCAGAAGCAGCGGGACGAAGAAUCUAAACGCCACCGAGCAGAUGGAGAGACAGAGCUCGCCGCUCGAGUUGAGGCUCUUAUCCCGAAGGCGAUUGAAACCCUGUUCCAGCAGGUUUCCGCUGGAACGGGAGAGUUAUACAAGGGGUUUUACCAAGACGAGGCAGAUAGUGCCCGGGCUGCCGACGCCAGGGCUCGCGAAGGCAGGAUCCAAGUCGACCAGCUGGCUCGCCAGCAGACGGCGCAGAUCCAAGCCCAAUCUUCAAAUGAGGCCUUUGUGAACCUCAAAGGCACUGCCUUGUAUCUAGGUGAUAAAUGA